AUGUCUAAUCAAAUGGCCAAUAUCACGUCAUCUGCGAUCAAAAGAAGCUUGGAUCCUAUAGAGCGGGAGAUACAAGCCAAACGGAUCAAGUUGAAUCAGACCUCGACAAGUUCAUUAGGUCUUCUUUCUCCUCCAGUUACUCCUGAGAAGCAUGACCGAAUCUUAAAUGUUCAGACAAACACUGUGUGCUCUCUUAAUACAAAGCUCUUUGAUGCCGUUAAUUCGCAACCCCUUUCAGUUUACUCAAAAGCGAAAAAACUAUUCUUGAGGAGUUCGGCUGUGGAUCUUCAUGGUUUUGCUUUGACUGCAAGAGAGACUGAAGCCCAUUUUCUUCGGCAACAUAUAGAUCAAUGUUUGUUAAAGCUGGAAUCUACAUCUAUUUAUGUGUCAGGUCCUCCAGGGACCGGAAAAACCGCUCAGGUGAACGCGAUACUGAGUUCUCUAAUUGUGGGAGAUAUCGAAAAUGCGGAUGAAAAGAUUUACAAAAUCCCGGUGAGGAUAAAUUCGAAGAGAAUGAACCGCAGAGUCCGAAUCGCAAAGAUCAACUGCAUGACUGUGCGCAAAGCAGAAGACAUUUUUGAUGCAAUCUGCAGCGAUCUUGAGGGUCAGUUCACACGCAAAAAAAGAACUCCUCAGGAGCUUAAGACACUUCUAGCAGACGAGUCCAAGUGCGAUAUCACAAUUGUGGUUUUGGACGAAAUGGACAAUCUCAUGGGUAAUAGCCAGCAGGUACUCUUUGAGCUUUUUUCGUGGGCAUCGAAUAUGUCAAACGACAAUCCAAAGUUGGCCAUCAUUGGAAUUGCUAAUGCUUUGGACUUGACUGAUCGAUUCCUUCCGCGGCUCAAAUGCAACAACAUCAGUCCCAAGUUGAUUCCUUUUUUGCCUUAUAAUGCAGAUCAAAUCAAACAAGUUCUGACUACAAAGCUCUGCUCUCUUGUGGAUGGCAAAACAAGUGUUCCUCCUUUGGUCCAUCCUGCUGCAAUCCAACUUUGUGCCAAGAAAGCGGCAAUUACGACAGGAGAUUUGAGAAGUGCUUUUGAUAUUAUGUAUCGAGCUCUUGAACUAACAGAAAACUUGCAAGCACAAAAACUUGGCAGCAAAGAGCUUUACAAUUUGACUCUUGACAAUGCUCCCAAAGUAAUGAUUGCCCAGCUGGCUAAAGUGUGCAACGGCACAGUCAGCUCAAACUUUAACUCCAAAUUGAAGGAUCUCAAUAUUCAGCAUAAAACAGUGCUAUGCUCUCUUAUCAAAUAUGAAGAAGUAUUGAAAAGUCAAAAAUCCAAAACUCUUGCAUCCGUUAACUCAUUCUAUUCAUAUUAUGCAUCACUACAAGAUGUGCGCAAAGUCAUUGGUGUUCUUAAUCGAGGCGAAUUUCUCGAAGUUUUGAGCUCAUUGGAGUCCGAUUCUUUUAUUAGUAUUUCCUCAACUACGAACACUAAAGUACAUGCUACGUCCAAAAUCAAAGGGCCUAUUAGCUACGGUGAUUCUAGACUAUCGUCUAGCGUUCCGAAAAUGGAUAUCCUCAAAACCGUUGAUGAUAUCGGAAUUCUCAAAAAGAUUCUAGCCGGUACAGAAAAUUGCAUAUAA